AUUACUGCCCAACUCUUGUUAUUGUUUGUUUAGAUAAUAAAUUUAAUGAAGAUUCAAAUUAGAUUUUGUUUCUUGUGUUGGCUUAAGUAAAACUUUUAAAUAUUUAAUGUUUACCAUCUCUUAAAAAUAGUAACAAAAACCUAUAGCUAUGAAAUUUCGCUUCUGUGGCGAUGGCGACUGCCCGGAUUGGGUACUGGCUGAGAUCCAUUCCAAUUUGGCAGUACUGAGUUCACAUCAAUUGCAGACGGCGGCUGAAUGUGCUACCAAAUGCUUUUUGGGGGAGGAAGUACCAGAAGACGACGUUCGUACAAUUUUUGGUAUAUCAAAGGGCACGAUGGACACUCCAAAGGCUGCAUUUGCGUGUAUCCGAUUUCUGCUGGUAAGUGCUUCUCGCUUCAACACCGAAAGUUCAGUAUUUGGUACUGAAUUGCAGCAGUUAGGAUUACCAAAGGAGCAUACUAUCGUUAUGUGUCGAGUGCUAGACGACUAUCUCACUCAGAUCCGAGCUAGACUAUGUCAGUCUAGCUUGACAAUCAAUGAGCUGGAAGCAGUCACGAGUAGCACACCGGAAAAUACGAUUGAUUGCAUUCAACUUCAAAUCGGAAUUAAAAAUGAAAUCAUCAACGGAGUUCCUCAACGAACCACCCACGCUGUUAACAUCAAUCGUAGUGACAUUCCAAUAUUAUUAAAAGAGAUGAAAAGGAUUAGGAGUUUAAUGGAAGAGUAUGACUAUGACGGAAAAAAUAGUGAUGGUAAAUAAUUACUCUACUUUCGACUUUAUAAUAAGAA